GAACCUUUGAGAGGAAAAUCAAACGGAGUCAGGUUUUAACGCAACAUCCUCUCCUCUGACGGAGGACGAUGCGCCCACAUUUUAUUCUAUAAACUAUCACAUGUUUGUGAGGAAAAAGCAAACAAACAAUCAGUGCGCUGGAGAUACCUUCUGCGGAGCCACGCUGUGCGCUCUUGGUUGUGGAGGUUGAUACCUGGACGGGAACGCGGCGCACAGAGGGAGGAUAAAGCGUGUUGGAGAUACAUUUACUCAGAGACUCGGACUUGCCUCAGAGCGCAGUUUGACUCCUCAUCAUGGGCUGCGGCGCACAGACUGACAGAGGAAGGGGAAGAGUGACGAGAUUCCCCCCGGAGAUGCCGUCCGUAUCCUGGCUUCUGCUCCUUCUCCUGCUGGAUGUAGGAUUUGCUCAAGUUGACGAUGAUUUCAUUGGUCUGGGUGAGCUUCCUGAAACGUUCCCCUCAGAUCCACCCGAGCCACUUCCAGUAUUUUUGAUGGAACCGGAGGAGGCCUACAUUGUGAAGAACAAGCCAGUUAACCUGUACUGCAAAGCCACGCCUGCCACGCAGAUCUACUUCAAGUGCAACAGUGAGUGGGUCCAUCAAAAGGAGCACACCGUGGAAGAGAGGGUGGACGAAAACUCUGGUCUGGUUGUGAGAGAGGCCAGCAUAGAGAUCACCCGGCAGCAGGUGGAGGAGUUGUUUGGGCCGGAGGACUUCUGGUGUCAGUGUGUGGCCUGGAGCUCCGCUGGGACCACCAAGAGCCGCAAAGCCCACGUCCGCAUCGCCUACCUGAGAAAGACAUUUGAUCAGGAACCUCUGGGGAAGGAAGUGUUACUCGAGCAGGAAGUGUUGCUGCAGUGUCGCCCACCUGAAGGCAUCCCAGCAGCCGAGGUGGAGUGGUUAAAGAAUGAAGAAGUUAUUGAUCCUGCAGACGACAGAAACUUCUACAUCACCAUCGACCACAACCUGAUAAUAAAACAGGCCCGCCUCUCCGACACCGCUAACUACACCUGCGUGGCGAAGAACAUUGUGGCCAAAAGACGCAGCACCACCGCUACAGUUAUUGUCUAUGUAAAUGGUGGAUGGUCAACAUGGACAGAGUGGUCAGUGUGUAACAGCCGCUGUGGCCGUGGUUACCAGAAACGGACGCGCAGCUGUACCAACCCAGCCCCACUGAACGGAGGUUCAAUCUGUGAAGGGCAGGGCAUCCAGAAGCUGCCAUGCAAUCCUCUCUGCCCAGUGGAUGGCCUGUGGACAGAGUGGAGUAAGUGGUCCACCUGUGGGACAGAGUGCACCCACUACAGGAGGAGGGAAUGCAGCGCCCCGGCACCCAAAAACGGAGGGAAGGACUGUGAGGGCGUGGUGCUCCAAUCUAAGAACUGCACGGACGGGCUGUGCAUGCAGAGUUCCUUAUAUCAGAAGUCUACUGAGGCUAAUGACGAGGGUGAUUUUGGAAAUUCAUUGGCUCCCAGUACGGAUGACGUAGCCCUCUAUGUGGGUAUUGUCAUCGCCGUGAUUCUGUGCGUGGUUAUCUCCGUCGUCGUGGCGCUCUUCAUCUACAGGAAGAACCAUCGGGAGUUCAGCUCCGACAUCAUCGAUUCGUCUGCCCUGAACGGAGGCUUCCAACCGGUCAGCAUCAAGACCGCACGCAAAGCUGACCUCUUAACAGCACCCCCUGACUUGACCUCAGCGGCCGCCAUGUACCGCGGCCCGGUUUACGCUCUCCAUGACGUGGCCGACAAAAUCCCCAUGACCAACUCCCCCCUGCUGGAUCCACUGCCCAACCUGAAGAUUAAGGUGUACAACUCCUCGGGUCUGGUGACCCCUCAGGACGACCUGGGAGGGGAGCUGUCCUCCAAGCUGUCCCCAAAGCUUCCCCACUGCCUGCUGGACAACAGCGACAGCACGAUGGGCCGGCGCAUGCAGACGCAGACGCUGCUGCGCACCAGGGAUCCCUCCUGCACCGCUCUGGGCUCCUUCAGUUCGCAGGGGGGGCAGCUGAUUGUGCCCAACUCAGGGGUGAGUCUGCUCAUACCAGCGGGGGCCAUUCCUCAAGGCAGAGUCUAUGAGAUGUACGUGACAGUUCAGAGGAAGGACAACCUGAGGCCUUCUGUGGAAGAUGGUCAAACAGUGCUGAGCCCCAUAGUGAGCUGUGGGCCACCUGGGGCCCUGCUGACACGGCCCGUCAUCAUCACCAUGCACCACUGUGCCGUGUGUGACGGCCAGCAGGACUGGCUGAUCCAGCUCAAGAGCCAGUCCCCGCAGAAUCAGUGGGAGGAUGUGGUGGUGGUAGGAGAGGAAAACUUCACCACGCCGUGCUAUAUCCAGAUGGAUGAAGAGGCUUGCCACAUCCUGACGGAGACACUAGGAACAUACUGCCUUGUGGGUCAGUCUCUCAGCGCUGCCACCAUCAAGCGCCUCAAGCUAGCCAUCUUUGGCCCCGUCACCUGCCCCGCCAUGGAGUACCACAUCCGAGUUUACUGUCUGGACGAUACUCAGGAUGCACUCAAGGAGGUUCUGCAGAUGGAGAAGCAAAUGGGUGGAAAAUUGCUGGAUGAACCAAAGACUCUAAACUUUAAAGACAGCACCCACAACCUGAGACUUUCCAUCCAUGAUGUUCCCCAGCCGUUAUGGAAGAGCAAACUCCUAGCAAAGUAUCAGGAGCUGUCCUUCCAGCAAGUGUGGACCGGUUCACAGAGGAACCUCCACUGCUGCUUUACUCUGGAGCGCUUCUCAGUCAGCACGGGGGACCUGAGCUGUAAGAUAUGUGUGCGACAAGUUGAAGGAGAAGGACAGAUUUUUCAGCUGGAUACUACACUCUCAGAGGACUCCCAGAGCAUUGACACAUCUCUGCUCGACCCCGCCAGCAACAUCACCACACUGGUCGGUCCAAACGCUUUUCGAAUCCCGCUCUCCAUUCGACAGAAGCUGUGCGGCAGCCUAGAUGCACCGCAGACCAGAGGCAACGACUGGAGGAUGUUGGCCCACAAACUUAAUCUUGACAGGUAUCUGAACUACUUCGCCACCAAAUCUAGUCCUACAGGAGUGAUCCUGGACUUGUGGGAGGCGCAGCAUUUUCCCGAUGGCAACCUCAGCCGCCUGGCCCAGGUACUGGAAGAGAUGGGUCGCCACGACAGCCUCGUUCCUGCUGCGACUGAGCACUGACGUCUGCUUAUAUCCGAAGAGGAAGAAGAUAAAAACAGGAGUAAGGAAGAGAGGAGUUAAAGGCAAGACUUUGAUUUUGGAAUCUCAGUGGAAAAUGCUCUUUCGCACUUCUAAAAGCUACCUGAGAGCACGCUGAUAGAGGUGGAAGUAUCGAAACAGCCAGGUCUGCUCAGGCAUGACCCAGUUAAACAUUGGCAACAAAAGGGUGUAAAAACCUGGAGAGCAAACAUGAACCCUUGCCAGUCACUUUUCUGGCUGAUCCUUCCUCUCUCUGGUGCAACAGUUUGAUAUUUUUGGCUCUAGUUUCCUUGGAAACAGCUGUCCGGUUGUUUGGAUGGAUUUUGUUGCCGAUUCCCUCACAGUAUACAAGUAACUAUCGACAAGAGGUCAGUGGAUCAAAGGAGGACUGGGUUCAGAGAGAGCAUCACUCAGCCAUCUAAGUCAAUAUUCUGCAAUCCUUGAUAACACAGUAUUUAACAAUAUACAUAUUUGUGCUUGUUUUUUUAUUCCAUUCUGCCUGUUUGUAUGUUGCGGAAUCCUUUAAUUUAGUUGCAUUUUCUUUCUUUGUGUCACAGCACCACCUGGUGGACACUCACGAAAGUAAGAGUCAGAAAAACAAAGGGAAAAAGAACAUUUUCACAUUUGUUGUAAUAAUAAUUGCUAUUAUUUAGUGUUAUAUAUUAUUGUUGAGUUUUUAUUAUGUAUGCAACCUUUUUUUUACAACAUUUUGGUUAUUUCUAAUCUUAUUUUUUUAUUAAUUUUCAAAGUUCCUCCCCUUUCUACCCUUUUUUGUAGAAAUUAGAUUUGGUAUGAAAGCCUACAUAAUAUCCCAUGCAGAAGAACAUAAUAAGAAUGACACUAAUGACUUUUAUGAUCAGAAUUUCCACAACUCGAUCCUGUGAUCAAACAACUUUAUUUUUGUAGGACCAAUGUGGCUGGAAAUAGCUGCUUUCUACCAAAAAAUGGAGACGUAAGUUGUGAGGGUCAGUUUAACCUGAAAGUUAAUCAGUUAAGUCUUGUGUUAUUUUGUGUUUGGAGUCAAAUCACAUUCUUCAGCACUUUGAUACAAAGGCUAAGAUUUUAACUGAUUUAAAAGUUUGUACAUUAAACGACAGAAGCCAUCAGUGUCGUGAUGACGCUGAUUAUGUGCAUAUUAAUUAUUGAUAGCUAUAAAUGCGACAUUCCUUUAAUGAAGCGAGAACUUGCGUCUUUUCCAGUGUUCUUCAUUCUUUUCUCUUUUUUUUUUUCAAUUGUAUUUGUCCAAGUUUUUGUAAAGCUGUCUAUGCAAACUCUGCAUCCUUUCGAAACAAUCUAUUCAUUUAUCAGUGGGCUAGCCUUUGCAUUACCUGAUUGUCCUUCAGCUUCAUGAUUAAUGUUGUGCAUAGCGAGAAUGUAGCCUGUUUGUUUCUGGCACUCAUGAUGUUCCUCGCUUGCGUUUCAUCUGUCGAGUUACUGUAAAAAGUGUAAGAAAGAAUUUUUAAGACUGAUAAUAAAUUAUAUUUAUAUGCAACAAUAUAAAUGAAGCAUUCUUGUUUGAAUUUCUGGAACUGCAGAGCAAUGUUUCAGAGGAGAUUGUUAUCCUGUGGGCACAAAUUUUGUCCAAACAUUUUUGUACUUGUAAACCCAACUUUGUAACAUUAUGAAAUAAAAUUCCUGAAAAAAUCA